GUAAUGCCUGGACUGCUUCGUAUCAUGCCGGGAUGCAGCGUUGAAGCAGUCCUCGAAUCAGUCCCCUAGUGACUUCUCUCCCACUCCACGAAGGUACUGUGGGCAUUCCUCUCUCAUAUGUCCUGUCUUCCCCGAUCGAGCAUUUUCUUUGACCAAACUAUCAUUGCGGGCACAAAGGCCAGCACAGUGUUGAUCUGACGGCGGAUGAGCGUGUUGAGCGCAACGUGUCGGAUUCGUGGAUGCCGGGGCGAAACAGCCAUCCUGAUACCAAAGCUGAUGCUUUAUAAAUUCUUGGCACUUUCGGUCACACUGCACAGAUCACGGCUAUUGAACUCUGCCUUCCGACGGUGGGAACGCCCAGGACAUCGGUGGCAGAGACCUGUCAAAUUCGCUCAGAUGGGCUUGUUAAUUCUUGUUAAUCACUCCCGGAUUAUACUCUUUGCUGUCCCGAGUUAUACCGAAGAUCUCUCCGCGUGGUUUAUCACUAGGCACACGGGCACCAUCGAUUCCUUCGAGCCUUUCGUAGAUGUUGGUUGAUAGUUCUGGACCUCUGGGCUAACGAAUCUCGUUUUUACUGGUAACCAGUGUCUGAC